CACACACACACACACACACACACACGCUCUUGCAGAGCUGGAGCUGCCGCAAAGCCCCGUCCUCCAGGGCUUUUUAAACACCGUGUUUGCUUCACGCUCCAACAAUAUCAUCCAACUGAAGAGCCGCAGCGCUAAAUGCACUGAACCGACGGUCACCGUGGGAACAGCACCGACGAGCUCAACCCGUUAUGGCAUUAAGAAAGACAACGACGGCAUAAACUAUAUAAAAAAAAGAAAGCUACUGGGUUGCGGGUCAACGAGUUUAACCCCUAAUCUGCCGUGGCAUUGUUGCACUCGUAGAAGGCAGUCAAACCAGGAGGGCGUCUCGGUGAAAUGUGAGCGGACCGGGGUCGCUGACCGUUAUUCCGUCGUUUUCAAUGUGGUUGGGACUGCAGCCGACUCGGUCGUUGCAGCUAGCUCGGUACGGCCGCGUUGAUGCAGCAGCGCACGGCUGUGGUGUUCAAAUCCACCACCGGAUCUGGGAAGACAAUAGGUGAAAUAUACGCCGGCCUGGACUCCCAAGACUACGCUACACGAGAGUCUGCAUCCGCUUUGGCUUCACAAGUGUCCGUGUGAGGAAUCAGGUUAGAGAGUGAAGUGACAGCCGGCAGGUAGUUGGAUCAGGAUGGCUGCCGUGGUGAACUACUCUCCGCCCUGGUGGGUGAAUCUGCUCCACCGAUUGCCUCAUUUCAACAUCGAAUUCCAGCUUGUGAGCAGUGACUUCAGACCGGAGGACUCUGAGUACCAGAAGUCCAUUUUGCUGCUUGGCGCUGUGGCGUUGCUGUGUUUGGGCCUGGACCUCCUCUUCCUCCUCUUCUACUCAUUCUGGCUCUGCUGCCGGCGACGCAAGAGUGACGAUUCCUCGCACUCCCAUACGCACUCUCAGCAGCCCAGCGCUGACUGCUGCUGCACCGCCUGGUGCGUCAUCAUCGCCACGCUGGUCUGCAGCGCUGGCAUUGCUGUAGGAUUCUAUGGAAAUGGGGAGUCGAGUGAUGGAGCCAAUCGUUUGGCAUACUCCCUCCGUCAUGCCAACCGCACUGUAUCUGGGGUGGAGAAACUGGUGUCAGAAAGUGCCCUAGCCUUAAACCAGACAGUGGAGGAGAGCUUGGUCCAGUUGGAGACAGCUUUCCAGGAGCAGACAGACUAUGUGUCCAUCGUCCAAAAGCUGCAGGGACAGCUGGACGAGCUGGUAAGGCUGAUGGUGGAUGUUCCCUUCUGGUCCAAUACUGACAUUUCCCUGGAGGACUUGGCCCGCAAGACGGAGGCUUUCGAUUUUUACAGGUGGUUGGGGUAUCUUGGCCUGCUGCUGUUUGAUGUACUUAUUUGUCUCCUGGUGCUCUUCGGCCUUAUACGCAACUCAAGAGGCACUCUGAUUGGAGUGUGUCUGCUGGGGGUUUUGACUCUGAUAAUCAGCUGGGGGUCUCUCGGCCUGGAACUGGCUGUCGCUGCUUCAGCCAGCGACUUCUGCGUUUCCCCGGAUACCUACAUUACCAGGGUAACCAAGGAAAAUGCUGUCAUCAACCAAGAUAUCCUGCAGUAUUACCUGAGGUGCAACUCUGGACAAAUUAACCCCUUCCAGCAGAGGCUGUCAGGGAGUCACAAAGCAUUGGUGGAGAUGCAGGAUGAUGUGGCAGAGCUACUGAGAUCAGCAACACGUGAUUAUGCCAACACCAAGGGGAGUCUCGACCAAAUCCAGUUUGUGUUGAAUUCCACUGAGGUUGGUCUUCACCAGCUGACUGCUCUGGUCGACUGUCGCAGCCUACACAUGGACUACGUUCAGGCAUUGACUGGGCUGUGUUAUGACGGGGUGGAGGGUCUCAUCUACCUGGUUCUUUUCUCUUUUGUCACUGCUCUGAUGUUCUCCUCCAUUGUGUGCAGUGUGCCACACACCUGGCCUGGCAAGAGGACGGAUGAGGAAGACGGAGAGGACGAGUCGGGUGCCUCACGGGGCGGUGUGCACGAUAACCUGUACCGCGUUCACAUGCCCAGUCUCUACAGCUGUGGCUCCAGCUACGGUAGCGAAGCUAGCCUGCCCGCUACAGCCCACACUGUCAGCAAUGCCCCCGUCACUGAAUACAUGAGCCAGAACGCAAACUUUCAGAACCCUCGGUGUGAGAACACCCCCCUGAUUGGCAGGGAGUCCCCUCCACCCUCUUACACCUCCAGUAUGAGAGCGAAGUACCUAGCCACCAACCGACCGGACCAGAACCGACGCUCCGUUCCCAACGACCAACUGGACCCGGCUAGCCGGCCUCACCCCGCUGCCCGACCACAGUCCUCAGUCCACUAGAGACCAGAACCACACCAGUCCAUCCCAGUACUGCCUGAAUCCAGUUUUCACAGCCAAUAACAACAUCUCAGUGUUCACCAGAGCUCAACCAGAGCUGUUUAAAGCACCAACAGGACCCAAGGUUUUUCAAGGUCCACUGAAUUUCACCUACACUAACCGGUUCACCAGAAACAACACAGCACGUCACAACUCAUCAACCGAGCACCUCAGCAAAGGACUGCACUUUGAAGGUCAACCUCUACUUCUCAUCCACAGUCAUCCAAAAGCCAAAGCCCAUCCCGGUAGAUCACGACUUCUGCUCCUCAUCUUACUGGACACACACACACCCCAAGCUGAUCGUUUCACCAUUGCUGUGAUGGAGUAGCCCUCAUACCCACAAUGCACAGCAACUAAAGCGCCUUGGCUCUGUCUACAGUUUCCUCUUCUGCUUUUCAACCCUCUCUCCCUCCGCUGGUUUCCGUACGCCGCCCUCCAGUGGAGACAGCUCUCACCACUCAAUUCCCUGACACUGAAACAUUCAGACCACACAGUCACACACAGACAAGUGCACACACACACACACAAACACACACACACACACACACACAAACACAAGCACACACACACACACACACAAGCACACACACACGCUGUACAGACCUGUAAAUAGUAAACAUGUGCUUUACUCUGAUUUCAUGAGAAGUAGACUGUUGAAUUAUUACUGGUAAUGUGGUGUGCUGCGUGUUUAUCAUGGAAAUUUUUGCUGUAUCUCACAUACACACACACACACACACACACACACACACACACACACACACAUAAGUAGGCAAACGCAUCUGUAUAAAUACUAAGCCAGUGAAUCAGAAAGCCAUGUUUAGAUAGAAACAGUACCACCACAUCCUCUUUAGCUUAACAUUGUCGUCUAACUAAGACUUGAAUCGUGAGCUCGAAAAGUGUGUCCACAUCUCUCUCUCUCUCUCUCGUGUUGGUUUACGUGCACAUACAGUACACGUGUCGAUUAAUGCAGUUUGAACACGAGCCAGGAAUCCUGUUGUGGAAUAGCUGAUUUGAAUUUUGGGAAUUGGAGCGAGACACAAGGGACAUAUAGAAGGCUCAACCUGUGCCAAAAAACUCUGAAUAUGAGGGAUGCCUGAUUCUGUCCUCCUCUUCUGCUGCCUCCAUGUGUCUCAAAAAAGGGAAAAAAAAAACUCACAUUGAAUGUUUUCCCUGUGACUGUAAACGCAAAGGGAUGGAAAAGACACUUGAAAAAGGAAAACAAUGGGCAGAAAUUGAUUAAGACUCACUGAAAACUGCGACUACACAUUUGCCAGGUGCUAUGGAAGCCAGUCAGAGUCCCAGGAGAUGAUGAGGACCGAGGGGGGACGGAAUUUUUGUUUUUUUUACUUAAAUGUUUUGUUUUUAUUCAGGGAUGUGAUCAGGAAUAUAAAAAGCAGUAAAAAUAAAACAGCUGUCCGUUAUUACCGAAUGGAAGUUGUGUCCCGAAUCCUGAAAAGGUAAUUUCCCUGAUAAAUAAUGUUACGUAAAAGUGUUACAAAAUGAAGGAAAGUGGGUGUUUUUUUUAUUUUUAAAGCUUAAAUUCAGGAUGUGAUACUGUGACCAAGUAGUAUUCUGUUUCUUAUUCUUUACUGUUCUGUACUUCCUUUGCUUUUAUUUUGUCAACUGGUGACCUUGGAGCGACCUUUAGCCACCAGUAGUGAGUCUGUUUUUCUUUAACUUUUUUUUUUUACACACGAGCACAAAUUCUCUUCAAGGUGACUUUGCGAGACGGAGAAGUGAUACACACUGCCUGGGACACUGCCAGUGGUUUUCCCUCCCGCUCUUAAACUCUCUGUACAGUGUAUAAAAACUGUAUUCGUGAACCCGUGUGUGUGACAUCACUGCAGCGUGAUUGGCUAUUGCUCUAUCUCAGUGUUACUGUGUGUAAGUACAGUGAUGUACUGUGUCUGACUGGCAUCAAGCAAGGGCCAGCCUAUCUAGCCUGAGUCAUUUCUACACAGAAGCCACGCAUGCCCUCAUAAACACGCAUCGAAACACACACACACAUACACAUGCUGUACAGACAUACAUACUCAAUACACACACACACACACACACACACAAAACACAGUUUGUUACAAAAAUCCAUCCCUCCCUACUUUUGUCCUGUUUACAUUCACAUCUAGAGCUGUAAUAACUGCACGCCCUCCCACAGCUGUGACAUCCCGCUGACAACCAUUUGCAUUAGGGGUGAUGUAGUAGAUAGAAAGAGCAUUUCAGAGAAACCUGGAAUCUAGUGAUUAUUAGCUGAGUGAGCAGAGCCCUAACAUCCAAACACCUUUCAACCACCAUCACUGUACAGCAUUUUAAUAAUUUUAUUAUUAAUCAAUGACCACUUCUCGUAUUAGCGAGACAAUCUUACAUGUGUGAUUUUACUAGAAAGAAAAUGUCCAUGUUAUGGUAACAAUGCUACCUAUGGUCUAGUACUUUACAGUGUUUUUUGCACCAUAAAUGCAAACAGUGUUAAGAUCUGUGGGACUAGUCACUGAUUAAUGGCCUUUCAUAAUGUUUUUAAACUCUUACAACACUCUUCAUAUCACAACAUGUUUUUUUUAUUUUUCUCUGUCUUGUAAAAAUCAAACUUUAAAGAUAAAAUAAUAGCUAGCUGUUUUGUAGGAGAAUAAAGGCAAGAGCAGCGUUUUUCCUCUCUUAUUAAUGGUGAAUGACUCUCUGUCUUGCAAUGUUUUAAUAAAACUAUUCCAGUGUAGUCUGCGCACCUGACUGAAAGUUGUAUUUGAAUUCCUGUGCGAAGCUGUUUUGGUUUUAAACGGCCUGGUACAGUCUGUCUUGAUGGGAUAAAAAAAAAGAUCUGUGGUCAUGUUGAAGAGUCAGCAGUGUUUGUGUGUUCAUGUGGUAUUUACAGGACUUCAAGUACAGCUCCGUCCAGAUGUGACAGACAAACAAUGUUUUCUAUGGCUGUUUUUAUUUUCUGAUGGUUAACUAAGAUAUUAAUGAUGUACAUGUCAAAACUGUGGUAAUGAUAUCAUUCAGCCUGGAAUAAAUGUUUUAAAAAAAGAAAUUAAAGCAACUUUAACGUACUGA